AUGGGUUUAGUGGCGACUCGAGUUGUCGCCAUAGUGGACGAUAGUGAACCCGACCCGAGCAAAGAGAAGUCCGAGGAGGAAGAUGACGUUGAGAGUCGUGCCACUCGUUGUCUAACGAGCCAAUUCAGAUGCAACAACGGACGCUGCAUAAGCAAAUCAUACGUGUGCAACAAUCGCGACGACUGCUACGACGGCAGCGACGAAUCCAUCAUCCUCUGCUACGGAACUCGUCAAACCACGACGACGACGACAUUUAGGCCAUCGACGACGACCGUCAGGCCGACCGACAGGACAUCAUCCCUGCUCUUCCCCUCUGUGUCCGGAGCACAAAAGCCACCAUCCGUCGUGGGUCAGAAGAAUCCGAUCACCCAGAAGGUCUUCUCGUGCGACGCCCAGAGCGAGUUCCUCUGCCUGAGCGGCGAGUGCAUCGAUCGCAACAGGAUCUGCGACGGCCGGGGCGACUGUCUCGACGCGAGCGACGAGGCCACGAGCAUCUGCGGCGCUCCGCUCGCGGUCAAGUGCCAGGCCAAUCAGUUUCAGUGCGCCACGGGGGGCCAGUGCGUUCACCUGGGCUACAAGUGCGACGGGACGCGCCACUGCAACGACGGCUCGGACGAGUCCGCGGCGACCUGCGGCGCCAGCAACAACAACGGUAAUAACGUCAUGAGGCCGCUAGAAAAACCCAACAACAACGUCAACACCGGAAGCAACAAUAACAACAACAACAACAAUGGAGGCAAUUCCGGAUCCUAUCAGCAAUCGAAGAUGCAGCCGUGCCGUGUGCCUCCUCAACCCAGCAACGGCAGGUGGAGACUGCACAGGUCGCUCUGUCAGUCGGGCCGCGAGUGCAACGCCCCGCCGAGCAUCAGCAGCAUGGAGCCCGGCAGCUAUCUCGUCUACAACUGCGACACGGGCUUUCGCCUGCUCGGCAACAGAGACGUCCUGUGCGGACCCGAGGGCAAAUGGGUCAGCAUUCCCACUUGCGAGCAGAUCAAGUGUCCGGCGUUGAGCACGUCGUCGACCGAGGCGCUCUGCGUCUGGAACAACGUGGCGGUGUCGUGCGACAUCUCGGCCCCCGUCACCACCGUCGCGACUCUCAAGUGCCGCGAGGGCUUCGUCAAGGAGGUGACGUACGAGCCGACCUACAAGGACGUGCGCUGCCUCGCCGACGGCACCUGGUCGCCCAAUCCCCUUACCUGCGUGAAAAAGCCGAAGAAGGUGAAGCUGGUGCUGGAGGGCGACAUGAUUAUCGAGGAUUAG